UUGGGUUAUUUCAUUAUAAAGGAAGGCAUAAUGUUUUUAUUCAUAUUGAAAAUAUUAUUUUUACUCGCUGUUGCAUCGGCUCGGAAAUCCGUACAAGAUGAAGAACUUCCCGAGCUGCAAUGGUCAAAGCAAUACUCCUUUGAAGCUACAAAAUUAUCGCUCACUUCCGGUUUAGUUGAAGACAUUUCAUACUGGAGAACGACCAGGAAAUCAAGAGUUGACUAUAAUAAGGGUGCAAAAAAAACAAUUUCUGUAAAGAGGAAGAAAAAGAGCUACGGUGUCCAAUACGAGAUUCAUCCGGAAACUACGGAAGAGUACACUAAUAAGUUUAUUUGUCUAAAAACGAAAGGUUCAAUGAGCGAGCCUAUCGAGUUGAUAGACAUUCUGCCAUCUACUUCUGACUUCGUACACGCUGGCAAGGAUAUUUUUGAAAUGGGGGAAGUAGAAAAAUUUCAGUACAUAGAUGAAGAUCUGAAUGAGAAAACGAAAAAAUAUAUCUGGGUGUUCUUGGAUAGAAAUAGUUCAUCUUGGAUACCUGUGAAGCUAGAAGAAUUCGAGUAUAAUUCGUGGUUGGGUAAUUUAAAAAAACGUAGUCAGUGGAUUAUAUUUAAUUAUAAGUCCGAAGUAAGCUCAAGUGUCUUCGAUGUUGAUCAGUAUAAUUGCACCGACUCUGAGGACUUUGAAAACACAUUAAUUGAUAUCAACGAUAAAACACACGUGGAUCGAGUUUUUACAAAGUUUCAAGAGAAACACGCCAGAAAGUAUAAAGACGAAAGCGAACAUGAAUUACGAAGGAAAAUUUUCGAAAAGAACUUAAGAUUAAUCCAAGAACAUAAUAAUAAAGACAGCACUUUUACCCUCGGCAUUAAUAAACUUGCCGAUCAAACUCCAGAAGAAAUGCGAAGAAGGAAAGGUCUUCAACGACGCAAGGAAGGGGAAUCUGGCAAUGUUCCAUUUCCAUACACAAAAUCGAAACUGUUAAAAAUAUCUCAGACUUUACCGAAGGAAUUUGAUUUAAGACUUUUAGGCGUAAUAUCACCAGUCAAAGAUCAAGAAGACUGCGGUUGCUGCUGGACAAUGGGCACAACAAGUGCUGUAGAAGGCGCUUUAGCUCGAAACAACGGUGGCCGGCUCCUAAGACUUGCUAAUCAGGCCCUCAUAGAUUGCGCUUGGGGUUUCGGUGUCUCUGGAUGCAACGGUGGCUCUGAUACUGGUGCCUAUCACUGGAUGAUGAAAUACGGAUUACCUACAGAAGAGGAAUACGGCCCUUAUAAUAACAAAGAUGGUUUCUGCCGCAUUCAAAAUAUGACGAAAACGUAUCCUAUCAAAGGAUUUACAGAUGUUACUCCAUUUAGUACUGAAGCUCUGAAGGUAGCUCUGAUCAACCAUGGACCAUUAUCUGUUUCCAUUGAUGCCACUGAUAUGCUUAUAGCAUAUACCAGUGGAAUCUUUUACGAUCCCAAUUGCAAUCCAUCAGCUUUGAAUCACGAAGUAACUUUAGUAGGAUAUGGGGAGUACGAAGGUGAUACAUAUUGGAUCGUUAAAAACUCAUGGGGACGGAGUUGGGGCAUUGAUGGCUACUUCCAUAUCUCUACCCGCGACAAUAGCUGCGGUAUCACCACGGAACCCACUUACGUUGUAUUCUAAUAUGAAUAAUCCAAAGUGUUAUUGAAAAGAGGCUAACAAUUACUUACUAUGAGUAUUUUGUCAUUAAAGGCAUUGAUCUAUUCUUUUUUUGGAUAAACCAUUUUUGAAAAGUUUAUUUGCUUAAAAAAGCUUAGAGUAAAUUAAAUUAAACUUUUUAUUUUAUUUAGAAGCAUAAGAUUCCACGUGUAAUUAGUAUAUUGGUUUUUAUUUACGCUUGUAAUAAAAUUAUAUUCAACUUA